AAACUUGGGAGUCGAGAGAACGCAGUCUUUCAAUGGCUUCUGGAGCACAUGUUGGAGGUUAAUUCGCAUCGAUCGGUUAACCACAUGACGACACAAGCGCUGGCUACUGUGAUGGCUCCAAACGUCUUCUCAUGCGCUGGAAUGGCUCGAUCAACGCAGGAAAACGCUGGCAAUCUGAUGAAACAGAUCGUACUGUUUCUGCGUGUCUUGCUAUCGUGGCGACGUGCAAAUUUGGGAAGUUCCUCAACAGCAUCGACGUAUCUACUUGAGCAAGAAGAAAAGAACGUUGCAGCGGCGUUUUCACCGAAAAAAGAGACGCCACAUAACGGAAAAGUGUCGACUUUGCAACAAAAAGUCCGGCAGUCGUUAACAAAAUUUGUGAAAAGUCCGGAAAAUAGUCCAGAGAGUGACUUUGUGUCAUUGGAGACAGCACUUCGCAGUCGAGUUGACCAACUUUGGUCCGAUUUAGAGAAGAGCGAGGUCACAAUUGCCGAGACCAAACGCCAGGAGAAUAUACUACGUCGCGUGUUCAGUGAAUUCCAAGAGUGCAUCCUGCAACUGAUUGCUCGAUACUCGAAGAAAAGUGAAGAAUGCAAGUGGGCGAAUGAGUUUAUCGAGAGAUUGAAGGAGAAUAAACAAUUGGAGACGACGAUGCCAGCGUCUUUGGAGAGGAUGAAGGACUGGGUGAGUGCUGCAUUGACAUUUGAGGCAUUUUGUCGACUUCUUGAUCGAGAACAGACGACGCAGGAAAAGCUGGAGAAGCUGCAGACUCGACUUGGAGUUUCGAUUCGAGAUAACCAGUUUGGAUCGAUAUCUCGCAGCGUAUUUAACCAUUUAUCACGCGUGCAUGAUCAGCAGCUGAAUACCCACCAGUCGAAUCAAAGUGGAGAUACUGGUGUUGACAAAACUCUACUGAAUGGUGCGGUACGUCUAGCCGCAAGAUCUGGUACUGACGCGUCUUCAAAGCUGCAUCGCACUGUAGCAAAACUGGGAGAACGUCAACCUGCGAUCGGGAAUUUACUGGCUUUACUUGGUGAUUGCAGUCAAAACCGACGACAGUCGGGGGUUCACAGCCUGGGGUGGCUUCAAACGCAACUUAUGGAACCGAUUCCAUCGUUUACACCUUAACAUGAUUAGUAGCCACCUACACGAAUCUAGGCACAUAAACUUCUUUUCAACGAUCAUAAUGAGCAACUCGAAGCUGCA